AUGAAAGAGGAAAGAACAGAGUGUAGUAGUGCGGGUGCCGUCGUUGUGACCAGUCUGCUACAAGAAACCAUUCAAGCAACCGAACCCUUUUCAUCUACGAGCGCUUCCAAUGCCACCUCUAAGGAUGAAUUUGCUAUUGCAAGCCUUGCAUGCCCAGACCUUUUGAAGCUUGUGAACCUUGAUUUUGUCUACGUCUUUGAUAAACCAACCAAUGAGACCAAUCUGAACAGGCUCCAAGAGUCUCUGGGUCAACUACUUCAACACUAUCCCACCCUCACAGGCCGCAUCAAGGGACAUCAAAUCCAGUUGAACAAUCAAGGUGUAACCUUUUAUAUGCAAAGCUCCAAGAACAGCAUUCAGGAUGUUCCAAAUGAUCCUCCUGCAGGACCACCCUACUGUGUCAUUCCAGUACCCGGAGAACAGAUUGUUGGCAAGGCUCCUUUGAUGACAGUCACAGUGACACAAUUUGUGGAUGGAUGGACUCUGGGUGUGGUAAUGAAUCAUUUGAUAGUGGAUGGUUGGACAUUUGCCAUGAUCAUGAAGGAUUGGAGUGAUCUCUUCAAUGACAAAGCUAUUGAGCCUGUCUUUUACAAGCUUCCGGAAAGUGUGGUCAGGACAUGCUCAUCACAGGAAGAGGCCAAUCAGUUGGCAGAUACUUUGGCGUGGAAACCAUCACCCUGGAGUAAACAGCUUCUGUUCAAGUUUGUCAUGAAAGUUUUGAUUCCGCUAUUUUUUCAGCGGGAUAGGCGGCUUGGAAAGGAGCCCAACCGGCUGGUGCUGUCAUACACUGAUGACGAGGUAAAACAAAUCAAAGAAAAUGCAAACGCCAACACCAAAACCUGGAUCAGUACCAAUGAAGCAGUAUUGGCUUUCAUAUGGCAGCUCAUGUUGGAUGCAGCAGAGCUAGAUGUUUCACAGCGGGAAUGCCUUGGCUGUGUCUAUCCUGUGAAUCUACGUGAAAAAUUGCCCGGAAUUUCACCGAGGUUGGCUGGGAAUAUUCUGACUCACGCUACCGUUAUUACUGACAUGUCAAAGAGGAGUUGUGUUCAUUCCAACAAUGAAGACUCACUCGAGCAACAACUACACAAUGCUCUGCGGGACAGCCUCAAAGCAGACAAACUUGAAGCAUCCCUCAGGAUUCAAAACCACCGCUGGUCUGACUGCAACACAGACUUUGUCACACAGGAAACCAAACAAUUGGGUGAUCUUGCUCAUUGUCAAUACCCAGGGUGCAUGCAUUGGAACUGGCAAGUGUCCAAUCCAUAUUACGAAGUGGAUUUUGGCACUGGAAAGCCAAUGCGGGGUGUUCUUUGGAACUGGGUCCAACCAGUUACCGUAGUCCCAAGAGCAGGUGGUGGGUUAGAGAUUUACAUAGACAAGACCAGCCGAGGGCAUGUUCGUUGGGUAGCUCAAGUGCAACGCAACAAAAGUCCGUGGCCGAAAGUUGGAAACAUCAUGGGAGGCAUUGCAAUGGUGGGGUCUAUCGUAUUGACAGCUCUUCUUGAAAUGAGUUAUUUUUCUGGACUGCUAUGGAUACUGGUUUUUGGAUGUCCCGGCUUGGGUGCUUGGCUUUAUCAUUCUUGGCAGGUGAAGAGUGCAACAGAUCGCUUCUUUGACCACAUUGUAGCAAACGCACACCAAUCGCUUACCUAA